UGCGAUAAAUUACGUUAACAAACGGCCAGAUUUUUUACUUAAUAUAUGAUUAUUUAUUCACUACACAAUAUUUCAAACUUUAGUUACAUGGUUUUCUUUAUCCAGGCUUUGUAUUCACGUGUGUUAAAGAAACAAAGUAAAGAAAUCAAAUCACUUACAUAUCCAAUCAGUGUGGAUGAAAUUAAAUGGACAUUAGUGAUAAUUUAUUAAAGUAGAAACGUUGUGUCAAGUUUAUUCGAAUAUAGAUGGCGUUAGUGCUGUAUUGUUUUAUUUUCUUAUUGAACUGUUCAUGGAUUUUAUAUAUUGAUACCGCUAAUGUUACGGAUGUAGUGGAUGACGAAACGUAUUUACAAGAGAUAAGAAAAGGAAGAUGCAUGGCAAAUUGUUUUGACCAGUAUGGGAAAAAGCAAAAUGAAAGCGUUCAAGACGACCUGUACCAUGUUUACCAAGCAAAUGAUUGCAGUAAUACUCUAUGUAAAACGUGCAUUAUUCCAUGUGGAAACAUAACAAAUAUUAGACAAGGAAAAACCUGUAAGGAAAUAUGUUUGCGGCAGGGAAUCAUCUGUAUUAGUAGUUGUGAAGUUUUGAUGGCAAACUGGAAUUCUUCGGGAAUUACUGGUGUCACUAGUGGUAAACCUAACGAACCAGUAAGAGUGACCUGUCAACACAUUGCAACGGAAGACACAGUGACAGUGUAUCUAAAUUGGAACGUUGAUCCAAACUAUGCCACGAAUGUAGUAUUUAUUGUUUCAUUAUUGCGUGAAAAGUCUACUAAGACGUGGAAAACUCUGGGUCAGAUAAAACGAGCAGUUGUGCCUAUCAAUGGCCUUACAUUUGAAACUGAUUACAUGUUUAAAGUAACGCUCGUUAGUAAAGAGGGUGUCAUUGAAUCACCAAAAGAGUCUGAAUGGAUCAAGACUAUGAAAGCAACGGACACUUUACCUAGACCAUCACAGGCCAGGAUUGACGGACAAAAAGUCCAUAAUGGUUUGGUUAGUGUUUUAUUGAAAUGGAAUUCAGGGAAAGACCCUCAAUGUUUCUACAGACUUCAUUGGAUGACAAAUAAUCCUAUGUUCUCUGAUUACAGUAGUGAGGAACUUACGGCACCACCAAUUUCAAAGUACUGGAUUAAUGAUUUGCAUUUUGGAAGUAAUUAUACCUUGCAUAUGAGAAGUUAUUCGAAUUCAGACUUUAACACAGGAAGUAAGGAGAUAGUAUUUUGGUUUGUUACUGCGGACUGCUUAGAUGCUACAAACUAUGACUAUUAUAUAUGUGCUCCCGGCAAACCUAGAAACGUCACAGGUGAUAUCAUCUUAAAGCCAGAUAAUACAUCAACAUGUUCUGUCAAUAUUUCAUGGACACCACCUUAUCGUAUGGAAUCCAGUCCCGAACUGUUCUCCUAUCUCAUCAGAUUAUACAAGGUUAUUCCAAUAUACCUCAGCCAAUACAUUGAGCCUCACCAAGAGGCAAUACAAGUCAGUGGGGAUAGAAACUGGAUUGAAAUUAAUGACAUCCAAUGGGAUUACAACUAUAGUAUCAGUGUACAGGCAGUAUCUACCAAAGGUCAUAGUAAACCAGUAACACUUAUAGUUACCAAUGAAGGUUGUCAACCAUCUGUAGCAUUGGAAUCUACUGCAACAGCAGAUGAAAAGUCUAAAUUGAAUUUAAUAUUUGGAGUAUCAGCUGGUAUAUUAGUGAUUAUGAUUGCCCUAUCAAUAAGUAUUUUACAUCGAAUUAAAGUACGAAGAAACAAAGAAUGUAUCACUAAUGAAGGAAGAGGGGAGGAACUGAAUCCUUUAUACUGCCAUGGUACUGACUACAUUACACAUCUCCAAGAAGAUAACAGUUCUGAAAUAGAAUUUUCUUCUCUGACAUUGCUGGAUGUGUUGGGAGAGGGUGCGUUCGGAAAAGUAUAUAGGGCAAAACUAAACGACAAUAAGCUUUCUAAGGAGAAAGAUUUAAUAGUAGCAGUCAAAAUGCUUAAAGAUUUUCAUGAUGCCCACGAAAAGAAGAGCUUAUUAAUGGAGAUAGAAUUUAUGAAGCAGUUAGGAAGUCAUCCUCAUAUAGUUAGUUUUAUAGGAUGUUGUAAAAGAGAUACUGUUUGUUUAUUAAUGGACUACUGUAGACUUGGAGAUUUACGUUCAUUUUUAUUGCACUAUCGUCAGCGUUUACAGAAGGAUUACGGAACUCUACAUCAUUCAUCUGGAAGUGAUAGUGGUAUGAACUCAUCAGCAGAAAGUGCUUUUUCAUCGCCACCUACAACAGAACUACACCAAGAACGGUUACUAUCGUAUGCCAGACAAAUUGUACUAGCAAUGGAAUAUAUGGCAUCUAAGAAAUUCAUUCACAGAGAUUUAGCUGCAAGAAAUAUAUUAAUGUAUGAUGAAGAGAGACUAAAAGUGUCUGAUUUUGGUUUGACACGAGAUAUUUACGAAAGAAAUCUUUAUCAACCUACCUCUGCGAGGAAACUCCCAUAUAAAUGGAUGGCACUGGAAGCCAUCUUUGACCAAGUUUUUACAAUCAAAUCAGAUAUUUGGUCGUUUGGUAUAGUUUUAUGGGAGAUUGUCACGUUGGGAGGAAGUCCAUAUCCAGGAAUUCCAAACAAAGAUUUGUUUAAUUUGCUCAAGGAAGGAUAUCGUAUGGAAAAACCAGAAAACUGCAGCUUAGAAGUGUAUCAAAUGAUGUUAUCAGUGUGGCAUCCUAAUCCAUAUUGUAGACCAUCAUUUACAGAAUUAAAAAAGAAGUUAGAAGGAAUGUUAGAACAAACGAAGCCAUAUAUAAACUUGUCUGUGUCGAUAUCAAAAGAUUAUUAUGAAUCGUCCUCUCUAAGUGACCAUUCAGACAGAGGAACAUUACAUCCCAACGAUAAUACAACGUAUGUUGAAAUGUCAACAAAAGAUAGUAUACUGACGUACGAGACACCUCUGAAUGGAUGA